UGAAAUACACUAUAGGCUAUAUUGUAGCACAUAGGCCACCUAUGCAUGUGUAAACCGAACUCAAGACAAACCUCAUCUUGUCUUGUCUACCAAAUUUCUCUUCUUUUAUUAUUGCAUCUCCAUUCUUUUCCUCACUCAAAUCUCUAUUGGAAGAAUCAUACAAAAAUUGUCCAUAAAAACUACAAACCAAGGAGAAUGAGAAGCACUUGAAGAAGCACAGAUAGAAGAAGAAGUUAGAGUCAUCAGCUUUACAUCCAAAUAUCUUGAAAAUGAGCAAGAAGAUGUGUCUCUUGUUCAUGAACUCAGCAACUUUCAUGAUUAUAGCAGUGUUCUUUGUUUGUGUUAAAGCUGAACCUUUAGCAGAUAAACAAGCUUUACUUGAUUUCAUUCACAAUAUUAAUCACUCUACACAUCUCAACUGGGACAAAACCUCUUCUGUAUGCAAAAAAUGGACUACAGUUAUCUGCAACACUGAAAAAUCAAGAGUUAUAGCACUUCAGUUACACAGUGCUGGAUUAAAUGGUCAAAUCCCACACAACACUCUUAGUAGACUCACAGCACUUCAGAAUUUGAGUCUUGCAUCAAACAAUAUAACUGGUUCUUUCCCUUCUGGUUUUUCUGAGCUGAAAAAUUUGACAUUUUUAUUCCUUCAAUUUAACAAGUUUUCUGGUCCUUUGCCGUUCGAUUUUGCGGUUUGGAGUAAUCUUACUGUUGUGAAUUUGUCCAACAAUUCUUUUAAUGGAAGCAUCCCUUUAUCAGUUACCAAUUUGACUCAUCUCAGUUCUUUAGUCCUUGCCAAUAAUACUCUUUCAGGUGAAAUUCCUGAUAUCAAUAUUCCUAGUUUAAAAUAUCUCAAUUUGGUUAACAAUAAACUUAGUGGUGUUGUGCCUAAAUCACUUUCUAGAUUUCCAAGUUGGUGUUUUUCAGGUAAUAAUAAUCUUACAUUUGUUAAUGCAUAUCCUGUUAAAUCUCCAAAUUCUCAUAAGAAAAGGAAAACCAAAGGACUUAAGCCUGCAUUAUUAGGUAUCAUCAUUGGUGGUUGUGUGGUAGGACUUGUAGUCAUAGUAGUUUUCUUGAUUGUAUGCUGCUACGAGAAAUGCGGUGAAGAUCGACAACUGAUUAAGUCUCAGAAGAAUAAAGAAGUUUCUGAGAAAAAAGAAGCUUCCGAGAGUCGAGAAAGAAACAAGAUCGUCUUCUUCGAAGGCUGCAAUCUUGUUUUUGACUUGGAAGAUUUGUUGAGAGCUUCUGCUGAGGUGCUUGGAAAGGGAACAUUUGGUACAGUUUAUAAGGCUGCUUUAGAGGAGUCGACAACGGUCGCGGUUAAGAGGUUGAAGGAAGUCGCGGUUGGGAGACGCGAGUUUGAACAGCAGAUGGAGAUGGUUGGGAGGAUUAGGCAUGAGAAUGUGGCUGCACUAAGAGCAUAUUACUAUUCAAAGGAGGAGAAACUUAUGGUAUAUGAUUAUUUUGAACAGGGCAGUGUCUCAACAAUGUUGCAUGGCAAAAGAGGGGUAGAAAAGAUUUCAUUAGACUGGGAAAGCAGGUUAAGAAUAGCAAUUGGUGUAGCAAGAGGCAUAUCUCACAUCCAUGCUCAAAAUGGAGGAAAACUAAUCCAUGGAAACAUAAAAGCCUCAAACAUCUUCCUCAACUCCCAAGGAUAUGGUUGUAUAUCUGACAUUGGUCUAACAACAAUGACAAGUCCAAUAACCCCACCAACAUUGAGAACUACAGGAUACCUUGCACCGGAAGUAACCGACGCUCGAAAAGCAACGCCGGCAUCCGAUGUCUAUAGUUUUGGUGUCUUGUUACUUGAACUUCUAACAGGAAAAUCUCCCUUACUUGGAAGUGAGGAAGUUGUUCAUUUGGUUAGAUGGGUGAAUUCUGUGGUUAGAGAAGAGUGGACAGCUGAAGUUUUUGAUGUUGAGUUAUUGAGAUAUCCUAAUAUAGAAGAAGAAAUGGUUGAGAUGUUACAAAUUGGAAUGGCAUGUGUUGUGAUGAUACAAGAUCAAAGACCAAAUAUGGAUGAAGUUGUGAAAAUGGUUGAAGGAAUUAGUAGGGUUAAUAGUGGAAAUAGACCAUCUACUGAAUCUAGAUCAGAAAAUUCUACUCCAACUCCUCAUGCAAUUGAUACACCUUCUAAUUCUCUUCCACUUUGAGAUUAUUCUUUUUUGAGUAUAGGUAAAUUCUCCUUGUAAAUCAAUUUUAUAUUGAUAUCUCAUAUCAAAUGAGAGGUUUCUAUUUUUUCAUAUCUUUUUAUCAAAUGUUUUGUUUUAGUCAAGGGUUGUUAAAUAUGUAAUUUAGUUACUCUAGUAAUUUAAAUUUUGUACUUAAAAGCAUAAAUGAGUUUGAUCUAGUUGGUAUGAAGUUGGUAAUGGAUUUGGUGGUAAGAUGUUAAGUAAGCAAAUUAAGUGUCAAGUUGGGUCCCUUGAUUUGGUAUUAUUUGGUCAGUCAUGGAAUCUUCUUUUGAGCAAUGAUUGAGGGGUUGGGCUCCACUGUUGUCUCUUCCCUAGAGGAUUACAAACUUGGUCGAAAUUAAGUGAAUGAGAAAGAAGAAAAUCGUGUAAAGCUAAGUGUUUUGAUAAGAUUAUUUAUUUUA